ACUAUUUUAAAAAAGCGUGGCGCCUACCAACACAUUUAUGAUAUUCACCGCGUAUACCAAAUAUGUUAUCAAUCUUAAGGCGUUGAGUGGUAUAUUAUAAAUUUGGUUUCAAGCCAUGAACGUUGAUGAAUCGUCAAAAUCCGAGAAAACGAUCACUAUCAUCGGAGAUUCGCCGCUCCAAAAUGUACCAAAUUCCGUUUCCAUCAAAGCACAGCCAAUCAUAGCAACGAGCAACAUUGAUAGGAUUCCAGAAUAUGAGAAUCUGGGAACUGUAAUAUAUAUUUGGGGAGACAACCCAGCCAAUAAAAGUAGCGCACAAAUUACCCAUGAUUACUGGAAUCCAACCAUAUACAAAAGUCUAUCAAAUGUAAAAAUAUUAGAUGUUUCAUGUAGUGACUCGCAUAUAAUAUUUCUAACGUGUUUUCAUACCGUCUAUACGGUCGGUCGUGGAGAAUACGGACAAUUAGGUUUGGGGAAAAAUAUACAGCAUGUCUCUGAGCCAACUCUAGUGCAGGGUUUGAAUAAUAUAAAGCAAAUAGCAUGUGGUUCUUUUCAUUCCAUUGUAUUGGCUGAAAAUGGCAAGAUUUAUUCUUGGGGUAGGAACGACUUUUCUGGGCAUUCAAAGGGUUAUGCUACAUUCACCCCUCAAGAGAUAUUGACCGAUAGUACCGAUACUAUAGGAGGCUUAAUUUGCAAAUGUAUAGCAGCUAGCGAUAUGCAAACAAUUGUUGCUUGUGAUGGUGGUACUACAUUGUACAUUUGGGGGAAAUAUUUUAACGGUGAAAAGAUACCAUCCCCCAAACUAUUUUAUUCUUUUACCCAUGAUAGCACGAAAGAAAUCAAAGUUGGAAAAUAUUUCGCUUUAAUCCUCACGGAAACUGGAAAUGUAUUCAGCUGUGGUGAUAGUACCUAUGGAGAAAUUCCAGGAAAUUCGGGUUCUGUACAUUCCAUUCUGAUCCCUACACAACUAAGGAAUAGCCAAUUUAAAGACAUUGUAAAAAUAGCUGUUGGUCAUAGGCAUGCUCUCUUGGUUGAUAAACAUUUCAGAGUUUGGUCUUUUGGUGGAAACAUAUACGGUCAGUGUGGCACAGCGCCCGCACACCAUAUACCUCCAACUCUUAUCGACUUUAAUGAAAGCAGAUUUAAAAUACGAGACAUUUAUUGUGGGCCUAGGCAUUCAGCAUGCAUAAAUCAUGGAAAUCAACUUUAUACAUGGGGACAUUCUUCGUGUCACAAACUUAUAUUCACAGCAUCUGUGGAUAUAUUAAUACAACAACAAAGGCAACCUGGAGUCUCUAUAAAUUCUGGAUUUAAAAAUUGCUGCAAUCAGCCACGCCUAAUAUAUUCAAUGCUCCACGAAAAAAUCACUUGUGUGGGACUAGGACCAGAUUACACAGUGGUCAUUUCCGGAGAUGGAGACUACACACCUGUCGUAAGAGAAAAAUUACACACGCAAGAUUAA